AUUCACAUAGAUUAGGGUUUCCAUUAUAAGCUCUCUUUGGUCGAAGCUACCUGCACGACGGCGGCUGCACCUCCCUCUCUUAGCUGUGGUUAGGGUUUAUCUGGAUCCUUGAUUCGACUCUACAAUGGCAGAGCAGACUGAGAAAGCGUUCCUGAAGCAGCCCAAGGUGUUCCUCUGCUCAAAGAAGUCGGGGAAAGGAAAAAGGCCAGGAAAAGGAGGAAAUCGUUACUGGAAGAGCAUUGGUCUGGGAUUCAAGACUCCCAGAGAGGCAAUUGAAGGUACUUACAUUGAUAAGAAAUGCCCAUUCACCGGCAGUGUUUCUAUUAGGGGUCGUAUCCUAGCUGGUACUUGCCAUAGUGCAAAGAUGGUGAGGACAAUCAUUGUUCGACGUAAUUAUCUUCACUUUGUCAAGAAAUAUCAAAGGUAUGAGAAGAGACAUUCAAACAUCCCAGCCCAUAUAUCUCCCUGUUUCCGUGUUAAGGAGGGAGACCAUGUUAUCAUUGGGCAAUGCAGGCCUUUAUCAAAGACAGUGAGGUUCAAUGUGUUGAAAGUGAUACCUGCUGGUUCUUCUGCUGGUGGAAAGAAAGCGUUCACUGGGAUGUGAUUUAGUUAAACUUAUCUAGUGUGAGUCAAUGGGAUUAGAUCAAUCUGUUUUUGUUGUUGGAGACCCUGUUUCGAGCUUGACUUCCUAGCAGUAAAUUACUGUAUGAUCAAUAUACAUUAUCCCAAGAAAGUAGUUCCUUUGCUUCUUUUUCUUGUGUUAUUCACUGUUUUAUGGACUCUUAGUUUUAUAUGAUAUAAGCUAAUGGGGUUGAAC